AUUAAUCUUUGCCAAAGACCAGCUUUGGCAUUACAAUACAAUUUUGGGGAUAGAUUAACUAGUGCAGCCCAGCAGGCAGCACAGUGAUUUGCAACAUUUUGAGCCUCACCCAUUCAAGAACCUUCGAGCAACUAGUUCGCCUGGUAUAUAAACCUGCUCUCGCCCAGCUGCACUUGUAUACACAAUCGAACGGCCGAACAGAAACGACGCAGUAGUCGAGAGCUCCAAAUUAAUAGAAUCCGUCACAUAAAUUCGCCGCAACAAGUUAAACGAGAAUAAACGCGUCAGCAUCGAUAUAUAUAUAUUCAAACGUCUGCUGAAACUAUAGAAUACGUUGCGAAAAUGCCGGAGAAGCUGUUGAAAAUCACCUACCAGAGCGCUGGACCCCAGAAGAAGAUAAAUGCAUACCUGCGGAUGCCCUCCCAGAAUUACACCAUAUUGCGUCGCGAAAUCGAGCUGUAUCUUUUCCAGGAGCGCCAGUUGCCCAAGUGCGACGUAAGGACUUUCUGGAUCGACGCUGAUCAAGAUGAAAUCGAAAUAGUCAACCAAAAUGACUAUGAGAUUUUCCUGGCUAAGUGCGAGAGCAAUAUGCACGUUCAGGUGGCUCCACUGGCGCCCAUAGAGGAGCCAAGGGCCACCAAGCAAGAGGGUUCUUCGGCCAACGCUGAAGCUCCUUCUGUCGACGAUCCGAGCAAUUUUACCAUCCACGAUUCCGUUCAAUGCGAUGGCUGCGGCUUGGCUCCCUUGAUUGGGUUCCGCUACAAGUGCGUCCAGUGUAGCAACUAUGAUCUUUGCCAGAAAUGCGAGUCGGCUCACAAGCAUCCUGAGCACUUGAUGCUGCGCAUGCCGACCAACAAUGGACCCAGUAUGGUCGAUGCCUGGUUCACAGGUCCAGGAUUCGGACGCCGCUGUGGCCGGCGCUCCAGGGGACAUUGCCCGUUUCAGGAGGCGAGCCAGGCAGCUCCUGCUCCCGAACCAGCCAGGGAUAGUCGCCGUGAACGGCGUCACGCCCGCCGCCAUGCAGGAGUCUUGUCUCAGUUCGUCGAGAUGAUGACCAACUUGCCGCUGAACACAACUACGGCCACGGCACCAGCUGAACCGCAGAAACCGAAGGCUGCAGAACAAACUGAAAGUCCUCCACAAGCUGAGCCCACUGUUACCGCUGAAAAGGCAACUGAAUCCGAGGCCAAACCAACUGAGCCAAAGAAGGUUAACACUGAUCAAAGUGUCCCUUCAACCGAAGAUCCAGUGACGACUCCACGUUCUACUGAGCCAACUACUCCAGUGAUUAAUCUGGAUAACCUUUCCCAGAUUGUGCCACCCGAGUACAUGCGUGCUGGCAUCGAAAUUCUUAAUAACUUCAGUGAAAUGUUUUCCAAGAUGAUUGAUACCACUGAUGUGGGUGAUUCGGGAAUAUUUGCGCCCUCAACGACUCCCAGUGCCGAGAACAAGAAACCAGAAGAGCAGAGUCAAUCCAGUGGCCAGUCGGCGGCAUCUUCGGCCAGCCAGUCGGCAGUUCCCUCUGCCGCUCCAUCGGCUAAUCAGUCUAAUGUGCCAUCUGUUAACCAGUCGGCCACUCCAUCAAUUUCUGGUUCGAUCUCUGAUGCUCAGCUUGAGACAGAGCCUCUGAAUCCUAAACCAUUGGAAACCACUACCGAGACAGAGCAGGAUAGACGCCGUUCCGACAGCUUGGAUCCAGAGUGGCAGCUUAUUGACAAUGCUUACUCUGCAAACAAUAGUAACUUGAUCAAUCUGGACACCACCAAUCCCACUGCUGCUCCUCAGCAGCCGGUGCGUGAUUUUGGUCAGCUGGGCGAACUAUUGCGUCAGCACAUGAAUGAGGAGGCUCGCGUGGAGCAGGCUUCGGCCAACACCCAGACUGCUCAAGUUGAUACGGUGAGUACAUCGACCUCUACCACAUCGGUGACCACCAAUAGCGUCGGCACCUCCCCAGCAGCUCCCGACGAGAAGCGCACGGUCCCCGUCUACCACACUGAUGAACGCAUCAAUCAAUCGAUCCAUGCCAUGAUGGCCAUGGGUUUCAGCAACGAGGGCGCCUGGCUAACCCAGCUCCUGGAGUCGGUCCAGGGCAAUAUCCCAGCUGCCUUGGACGUAAUGCACGUCUCGCAGACCCGCAACUAAAUAUUCAUAUUCUAUAUCGAUGUGUCUGUUAUGUAUCUUCAAUAUCUAUAGAACCCAAUGAAGAAGGGAUUUUACUUUAUCGUAUCAGUUUACUACGUAGCUUAGUUUUUCUGUGGUGCUAGAUUUAUCUCGUAGCCAAAAUAAAUGUGAAAAUAGA